UGGGAGAGGCCCCGGCUGUCCCAAACCGCACGGCCGCGCAUGCGCACAGCGGCGGCUCUUCAGCACAUUGAGCUGCUGAACUCUCGGAAGUUUAAGUUGGUUGAGCGCAGCUAGCAGCAGCUAGCAUCACUUAGCUGUGUUUACCCGCAAGCACACGCAGCUCUGCCCAUGGAUGUACUCCGUGCCCCGGCCUCUCACUGCGGGAACCCUCGCCACAGACGGUAGACCUGGUUGUUCCUCCAGAGGAAGAUGGAGGAUCAGAGCUAGCGGCUAACGCUAGCUGUGACUAGCGGCUAACGCUAGCUGUGACUAGCGGCUAACGCUAGCUGUGGUCGGCUAACUGUCCGGAGAGUCUGGAGGCUGCGUCCCAACACACCGCCGGGAGCUGCUGUUCAUGUUCACAAGUAAACCAGAGCAUGAGAGUCCCUCAGGCUCUGAGGAUGGGACCAGGGCUACUGGAGGCAGGAUCUAGACAUCAGAUGGUGCUCUGAAGAAGCCAUGGGUAGCUGUUUAAGCUGUCCAGAGAAAGAGUCAAUUCCAGAUAAUCAUCAAAGUAAAUUCAAGGUGAUAAACGUGGACGACGAUGGGAACGAAUUGGGCUCAGGUGUAAUGGAGUUGACUGAUGCUGAACUCGUCCUCCACACCCAUCGCCGUGACGACGUCAGGUGGCCUUACCUGUGCUUACGUCGCUAUGGCUACGACUCGAACCUGUUCUCGUUUGAGAGCGGUCGUCGCUGCCAGACUGGUCAAGGUAUUUUUGCCUUCAAAUGUUCUCGAGCUGAAGAGAUCUUCAACAUGCUGCAGGAGGUGAUGCACAGUCACAGCAUUAGUGUGGUGGAGGAGGCGGUGCUGGAGCCCAACCAGCAGGCAGCACACACACCUGCAGCUCUGGGUUACUCGGUGCCAACGGUGCCUAAUGGUGUGACCAGGAUCCCGUCUGUGGGUGAGGCCCCGUCUCACCCCUCCACCCGUCACCCGUCUGUGGCCAGCACCCGUCUGCCCUCAGUGGGAGAAGAGUCCACUCAUCCUCUGCUGGUGGCUGAUGAAGCGGUCCACACGUAUGUGAACACCACGGGGCUCCUGGAAGACCAGCCCAGCCCUCUGACGGUCACCACCCCUCUGGAGAGUCCCACCUCCCCCGGGUCCGGACCGAGCCGUCAGACCCGCCCCCCCCCGCCGGAGCCCCAGGUGCUGCUGGAGCCUCAGGGGGUUCGCUUCGUGCUGGGCCCGACCCCGGUCCAGAGGCAGCUGAUGGAGAAGGAGAAGAGGCAGCAGGAGGCCAAGGAGGCCGAGGAGCCCCGAGAGACUAACGGCCACGUGGAGGCCCCCGCCGAGCCGGCACUCUCUAACGGCUCCUCCUUCAAUCCCUCAACGGCUCCUCGCCGCCACCGCCGCCCCCUCACACCCGACCUGCAGAAUGUUAACAACUCGGCACAGCGGCGAACGGCGCUGCUGGACUACGAGAACCUGCCGGCGCUGCCGCCGGUGUGGGAGGCGAGGAAGCCGAGCUCAGAGGAGGAGGAGAACGGCUGCAGCGGGCUGAAGACGCCGUCGCUCAACGGCUACAACCACCACCUGGAGGCCUCACAUAACUACGUCAACACAGAGAACGUGACGGCGCCGCUCAGCGCCCACCGGCCCGACACGGCUCGGCGCCGCACCGACGGACCCACCGUCUUCAACUUUGACUUCCGUCGGCCGCCGCUGCCGGGCCACGCGGAGCCGCCCAAAACCCUCAACUACAUCGAGGUGGAGAUGGACAACAGCGUGGGGAACAAGGGCGCCUCGGACGGCAGCAACCCCCACACGCCCCGCACUCCCACCUCCCCGCUCCCCCAAACCCCCACCCGCCGCACUGAGCUCUACGCCCUCAUCGACAUCGAGCGCACCGCCGCCAUGUCCAACCUGCAGAAGGCCCGGCCGCGAGACGACGGCACGUCACGCAAGACGCGGCACAACAGCACGGAGCUGCCCACCAAAAGCACUGCGUGACACGCACCAACGGCUUCACCCUCUGUUCCGUCUGAUUGGACGGACGGAGCUUCUUUAUAUUCACUGGGAGACGCAGUGACGGACUCCACCUGACCAAUGAGUGAAUGACUUCCUGUGUGGUCACCUGUGGAGGUAGACCUCGGUACUUGCCAUAUAGCGGUGAUGUAAUACCUCUGUUGGGUUGAGACCGGACUGCAUUCCUCCUCCUUAUAUGGUACAAAUCAGUAUUACUGAACAAAGCAUUCCAUUUAGCCUUUUAUAUGAUUCACUACAUGCUGCUGUAAUUCAGUAUCUAAGGACGACAUGGUACACACAUUAUGUUUUUGAAUAUGUACAGUAGAUUCUGGCACAAUAAAUGUCUGUUCUGUUUUUAUUUGUACUUCUACCUCAGCUCAUCAUUGGCUUCAAUGUGCAGAAAAAUCACAUUUAGAG